GACCAUGAACUAUGCAGGCAGUCCAAGUCUCAAAGACAGUGUAGCUAUUAAGUGAGACUGUAAGUGUUGAGACAUGGAGUACUCUCACCGCAGCAGGUUGCUCCUGGUGUGCUCAGUUCUUGUGUUGUGCCUCGUAACCCAAGGCGCAAGGUGCGACGAGUUAACCAGCGAUUUCUACGACUGGUCAUGCCCCGGAGUGUACGACGUCGUCCAGCAGCAAGUGUUUGCUGCCAUGAGGGAAGAACCGAGGAUGGGAGCCUCCCUGCUCAGGCUCCAUUUCCAUGACUGCUUUGUCAAUGGGUGUGAUGGUUCAAUCUUGCUGGAUGGUGCCGACGGCGAAAAAUUUGCACUACCCAACCAGAACUCUGUCAGAGGGUAUGAGGUCAUCGACGCAAUCAAGGCCGACCUCGAGAACAUGUGCCCCGGGGUGGUGUCCUGUGCUGACAUUGUUGCCCUUGCAGCUGGCUAUGGAGUACUCUUCAGUGGAGGGCCUUACUAUGAUGUUCUUCUGGGGAGGAGGGACGGUCUGAAGGCGAAUCUGUCAGGAGCUGACAACGGUCUGCCCUCGCCGUUCGAACCGAUCAGCUCCAUCGUACAGAAGUUUACCGAUGUCGGCCUCGACACAAAAGACGUCGUGGUCCUGUCAGGUGCCCACACGAUCGGGCGAGCCCGGUGCGUGCUGUUCAGCGACCGGCUGACGUCGACCAAGAGCUCGGCCGACCCGACGCUGGACGCCACCAUGGCCGCCAACCUGCAGAAGCUCUGCACUGGCGGCGACGGGAACCAGACCGCCGCGUUGGACGUGAGCUCCGCGGACGUGUUCGACAAGCAGUACUACCACAACCUGCUGAGCAAGAAGGGCCUCCUGACGUCCGACCAGGGCCUCUUCUCCGCCGACGAGGACGUCGUUGCAAGCACCACCAAGGCGCUGGUGCAGACGUACAGCGACGACGGCGAGCAGUUCUUCUCGGACUUCGGCGCGUCCAUGGUGAAGAUGGGGAGCAUACCGUUGCCAGCGGGAUCCGCCGGCGAGAUCCGCUGCAACUGCAGGGUUCCCAAUAAAAAAUGAGCAACGGCGAGCAGAGCUCAUCAUCUGCUAGGUGAAAGAUGAAAGGGUAGCUAGGAAGAACUAGCCGACUGGUUAAUAAAGCAGGAGUGAGGAUUCAAUCCCAGGCGCCUGUGCACUGGUGCUAGCCAGUAGAACACACUGGGUGUUUACUUCAUCAGCUGCUACAUGAUCUAGGAAUUAAAUAUAGUCAAUGAAAUGUGUUGUUGUGUGUAAUAUUAAUAUGUUAAAUGCUCGAAAAAAGAGGAUCAAAUACUCCUUCGCAUUU